CUGUGUUGAAUUUGAGUAUAUGCAAUGACCCCGUGCUCAAUUUACAGAAACACAAAUGUGUUUUAAGAAGACAGUUAUAGUAAUUGCAAUGACCCCAACAAUUUACAUAAAUAUAGGAGUAUAUCGUGUUUUCCUGUUAGAACACUUUUACAACCAAGUCGACGACUGACAGAUUUUAAAUGAACAAAAUAUGUUGGUUGGGUGACUAAACUACCGUGUGCAAUGGGUGAAUAGAGUCUGCAGACACACAAUGCAUACAGCAGCAGUAGGUGACACUGAAAGCUUCAGUUUACUUUAUGGACAAGCUAUUAGCAAGUUAGACAGACAAACCAUGACAUUUUCCUCCAUUCCGAAGUCCCCACAUCAUGCAUUGAGCUAAAAGUUAACUUACCUUGCAUUCGCUAUAAAGUAGUGUGUGGUGGUCACGAAGAUGACUCAAGAGAUUUGAAGUGUUUUUUCGCCCUUUUCGCAGCAAUUUUCUUUUGCUUGUUCUGCAGAGAUGGUGAUCAUCUUCGAUUUAAGUUUCCCUCAGCACUUUUGUAAAACCCAAAAAACGACCACACUUCAGAUUUGAAUUUGACCAUGGUUUAUCGUGAAACCGGUAACCGUUUCAUCCCUUACUGCAACUUGUCAUCCCUGUACUUCCAUGACUACAGUAAGGUGGAUGUGGCGUUCUGUCCUGCAGUGCAGCAGCAGGCUCAGAAGGACAAGAGGGAGAAGGACAAGGUCCACCUGUUAGCCCUGAGCUUCACCCAGCAGCAGCAUGGCCUGCGUCUGGCCCAGCAGUACAAUGUCAGCAGCAGUAAGCUAAAGGGCAGCCUAGAGGACAAGAGGGAGAAGGACCAGGUCCACCUGUUAGCCCUGAGCUUCACCCAGCAGCAGCAUGGCCUGCGUCUGAUCCAGCAGUACAAUGUGAGCAGCAGCAUGGCCUGCGUCUGGCCCAGCAGUACAACGUCAGCAGCAGCAUGGCCUGCGUCUGGCCCAGCAGUACAACGUCAGCAGCAGCAUGGCCUGCGUCUGGCCCAGCAGUACAACGUCAGCAGCAGCAUGGCCUGCGUCUGGCCCAGCAGUACAACGUCAACAGCAGCAUGGCCUGCGUCUGGCCCAGCAGUACAACGUCAGCAGCAGCAUGGCCUGCGUCUGGCCCAGCAGUACAAUGUCAGCAGCAGCAUGGCCUGCGUCUGGCCCAGCAGUACAACGUCAACAGCAGCAUGGCCUGCGUCUGGCCCAGCAGUACAACGUCAGCAGCAGCAUGGCCUGCGUCUGGCCCAGCAGUACAACGUCAGCAGCAGCAUGGCCUGCGUCUGGCCCAGCAGUACAAUGUCAGCAGCAGUAAGCUAAAGGGCAGCCUAGAGGACAAGCAGUGCCACCUGGUUUCUCUAAAACAGUCCAGCCACCAACACAGGUAAGGCCUCUACGUAAUCAUUCCUUGGUUCAAGGGAACAGUUUUUUUUUUUAAGGUGACACCAUCAAGAUAAAGGCGAGAUUAUUUAGCCACAAUGUAUUGAGCAAUACCUACUAACUAUGUAGUAUGAAUAUUUUUUAAAAGUGUACUGUAGCUAAAGAUGAAUGUUUUGACAUUCAUUUCCCAGCCUCCCAGACCCCAGCUUCCCUGUUCCAGCAGAUCUCCUUCUGCGGGAAGGGCAGACCGAGGACAGUACACCUGUGCAUCUCAUCACAUCUGUCCAGCUAUCAUCUGGGCCAGGGGACCAAAGCAACAAGACCAAGAACCCGAUCCAGGUGAUCUCUAGCUCAGUGACAGCCCAGCCUCAGCAGCCACAGAACCAGCUCACUAUUAACUCUGAGCCCAGGGAACUCUCUAGAAUCCUGGAGCUGACUGUGGAGCUACCAAAUGUUCACUCCAUCACAGAGUGCCAUCUCAUCAUUUCCUAGGUCAGGGACCUCUCUAGAAUCCUGGAGCUGACUGUGGAGCUACCAAAGGUUCAGUCCAUCACAGAGUGCCAUCUCAUCAUUUCCUAGGUCAGGGACCUCUCUUAGAAUACGUGGACAACUACAAAUACUUAGGUGUCUGGUUAGACUGUAAACUUUCCUUCCAGACCCAUAUCAAAC